GCAAAUAGUGUCGCCAAUUUGCAUAAUCGAUCUUCGUUAAAUUCGCACGUUUGCAUUUUUGUUUGUUGAAAUCUUGAGGCCGCACUUUCCAACCAAUCUGUAUUUUCCCUACUACAUAAUUCAAGGAAUCCGUCGUAGGAUUAUAUUUUAUUCGCUUAAAUAAAAAUACGUGAACAUCUCGAACCUCAUUGAUUGUGAAUUACGAUGAAGAGUUUCUUGGUUCUUGUGGGGCUGUCGGUGGUCUUCGCCCACCCUCUGGACUACAGGUUCGUCCUCAACAACACGAAAUUCGCAGCGUCCGUGUACAAAGAAGCGGCGCUUCAAAACGAAGACAACUUCUUGGUGAGUCCGUUAUCGGCCCAGUUGGUACUAGCCCUAUCCCAGUCGGGCGCCAAGGACCAAACGGCCCAAGAAAUCCAAGACGUCCUCAAACUCUCCCACUCGAAAGUCGUCAUCGACUGCACCAUGGGAGGUCUUCUGCAAAAUUUGAACCGACAACACGACUACGAUCUACGCACCGUCAAUAAAAUCUACAUCAAAGAAAACUGUCCGAUUAACACAGACUUCAUCGACAGCGCUAAAUUGAUAUAUCAAUCCGAAACCGAAAAUAUUGACUUCGGGAGGAACAAAGAAGCAGCGGCUGCUAUCAACCAGUGGGUCGAACAAGCCACCGACGACAAAAUCCACAAUUUGAUUGACCCCGAAAGCUUGACCAACGACACUCGAGUCGUCCUCCUCAACGCCUUACGCUUCAAAGCCAACUGGACAACCCCAUUCCAGAUGUUCUCCACCAUGAAACAAGAUUUCCACUCCGCAGACAGUACCAUCCAAGUCGACACCAUGCACCUGUUUGAAGAGUACUUCGACUGGUACGACAAGCCCGAGCUCAACGCGACGUUCCUAGAACUUCCUUUCGUCGGUGACAACGUUUCAAUGACCAUCGUCCUCCCGGAAGUCUCGGACGGUUUGAGUCUCCUCGAACAAAACAUCGACUUGGUUUUGGAACCCCCGCACUCCAAAAGUCGCGAGAUGUUCAACGUCGCGCUGCCAAAAUUCAAAAUGGAGUCGAAGAUCGACUUCAAGAGAGUCCUGCAGAACUUAGGGGUGAAGAAAGCGUUCGAGGAAGGGGCAGCUGACUUUAGUGGGAUGGCUGGUGACAAAGGGGAGCUUUUUAUUGACGAGGUGGCUCAAAAGACUUUUGUGGAUGUUAACGAAGACGGGAUGGAGGCGGCAGCUGCCACUUUCGUUGUUAAAAUCGUCAACAGGAACGUGGAGGCGUCGCGGGAUUUUAUCGUCAAUCGGCCGUUUUUAUUCUUCGUGAAAGUGGAGGACUUGGUGGUGUUCAUGGGGAGGGUGGUGGUACCGUAUUAUUAGCUAUAGGAUGUAUUUAUUUGUCUGUAAUAAAUUAUUGUAAAAAAAAGCGUCGUGGUUGUGGUUUUUU